AUGAGUCAUCUGAGAGUUCACACUGGAGAGAAACCGUACAUCUGUGACAGGUGUGGAAAAACAUUUUCACAGAAGAGUAGCCUAAGUCAUCAUCAUCAACAUAUUCAUACUACAAGGAAACCAUACAACUGUGACCUCUGUGGAAAAAGUUUCACUUGGAAGAGUUCCUUAAAUGAGCAUCGACAAAUUCAUACAGGACAGAAAUAUAGCUGUGACCACUGUGGGAAAACAUUUACUAAGAAGAAUAACCUGAACCGUCAUCAACAAAUUCAUACUACAGAGAAAUUAUACAGCUGUGACUUCUGUGGAAAGGGUUUCACUUGGAAGAGUUCCUUAAAUGAGCAUCGACAAAUUCAUACAGGAGAAAAACCAUACAGCUGUGAUGAUUGUGGAAAAGCCUUUACUCAAAAGGGUAAUUUAAACACACAUAAACAAAUUCACACGGGAGAGAAACCAUACAGCUGUGACCGGUGUGGAAAAACAUUUUCACAGAAGAAUCACCUAAACCGUCAUCAACAAAUUCAUACUGGAGAGCAACCAUACAGCUGUGACCUCUGUGGAAAAGGUUUCACUUGGAAGAGUUCCUUAAAUAAUCAUCGCCAAAUUCAUUCAGGAGAAAAACCAUACAGCUGUGAUCUCUGUGGAAAAUGUUUCACUCAGAAGAGUUCUUGGAAGAGUUCCAUAAAUGAUCAUUGCCAAAUUCAUACAGGAGAGAAACCAUACAGCUGUGAUUGUUGUGGAAAAACUCUUCCAACUCACCAAUUGCUCUAACCAUCAGAGUUAACUUUGGGGGUUCAGCGUCUUGCUCACAGACACUUUGACAUGUGGACUGCAGGCACCGUGAUUCGACCCUCCAA